CUGUCAUGGUCUUGACGACCUUCGGAGCGCUGUGCGCCUUCGUUAUGCUCUCUCGCUGUAUUCUCGCUAUUCCUGUCACUUCUACUACAAACUAUUCUGUGUCUACUCUAUCGUUCUCUACCAUCAAACAUUCAGAAUCUACUAUUUCUACGGGACUUGCUGAAAACACGCCUAUAUCAUUUUCUACUCUCAGGGCUUCUCAGAAUCUCACAGGAACAACAUCUACUGCCACAGACGCUCAGGCGUCCACGACUGUCACAGUUGCGAUUUCUUCGACAGUCACCGUCUAUCUCCCGUCAUCAACGCCUUUUAUUUCACCUUCAUCAACGACGUGGUCGGAACCCGCUCAGAUGACAGAUCUUUCUUCAUUCAACGUCAAGAAAUUUUCUGGUAACCACGAAAAUCUCCAAAUUAUCAACGUCAUUCCUGCCAGCACCAGCGCCACCUCUCUUUCGGUCAUUGUCGCCCCCGACGGUUCGCCUCAAGUUGUAACAACGGAUUCCGCAAUUCAGGUGCUAUACCCUGCUGGCUCCAUCAACCCUGGAAAUGAGGACAAGCCGCAAGGUGGCGCGCAAUUCUACGCAGAGCCCUUGGAUAUCACCCGAGCGAGGAACGUUACGUUGACGUUUAGUGUGUUCUUUCCUGUGGAUUUCGAUUGGGUAUUGGCAGGCAAGCUACCAGGGUUGUAUGGCGGCCACGGGGGAUGCUCUGGAGGCGUCUCCGCUGCAGAUUGCUUCAGUACUCGACUUAUGUGGAGAAAGGAUGGUGAAGGUGAACUCUACUUGUACGCGCCCAAGGACAAACAAACGAAGGCUCUCUGCAACGACCCUCAAUCCCUCUGCGACGUCGCCUAUGGUUUCUCUAUCGGUCGCGGCUCAUUUGUCUGGGCCAGAGGAGACUGGACGACAGUUUCGCAAACUGUCGUACUCAACACGCCCGGUAAAACAGAUGGAUGUUUCACGCUUGAUGUCAACGGGAUCAGAGUUGUUGACCGCUCUGACGUGUUUUAUCGCGACGUUGCUGGUCAACCGAAGAAGUCGAGCUCGACAAUGGGCGAUUCCCAUCGUGAUGAUGGUGGUGGCGGUCUCUUACCAGAUGGGAUUCUCGGUCAGCGAAAUGAGGAGAAGCAGUGGCAGGUAUCGGUGAAUGUGGACGGCUCUGCCGACCUCGCAUCAACUUCUACUGGUCCUUUCUUUGCUGACCAGCAAAGCUCGGAGGGUACCCCCUCGGUUGCCGGAUUCAUUGGUAUCUUCUUCAGCACGUUCUUCGGGGGCCACGAAGACAAGUAUGCUACACCGAAGGAUCAGUACGCGUGGUUCAAAGACUUUGCAAUGUAUUUGAA